AGCGGCGGGGACAGCCGAGUGAGGGCAGUGCCCGCGGCCCCCGGAGCGUCCCGCUGUGGGGCGCUGUCCCCAGGACAGCUGCCAUCGUUCUCCGCAGCUCUCACAGUACUUAGAGCACCGAACACCUUGGGAGCGCAGGGGCCCGCAGCCCUCAGCCGGGGCCCGCAGCCCUCAGUCGGAGCUGCCCUCAGCGGCUCGGGGCAGGCGAGGCCCAGCCGGGCAGCGCCUCACGAGAGCCGCGCGCGCUCCCUGUCGCGACAGCGCCGGGCCCGUCCCGACCUCGGCCGGCCCCGCCCCGGGUCACGCGGGGGCGCGCGCGCCGCGCCAAUUCUCGCGAGAGCAGGGUCUGGCCAAGAUGGCGGAGCUGUGCGAGAGCUUCACGCUGCGCGGGCCGGGCCCCGGCGGCGGCGGCUCCGGCUCCGGACUCGACCCCGGGCUGUGCCUGGAGCCGGGCCCGGGCAGCGACCUCGUGCUGCUCACCGAGCGCGGCCGGGCCGCCACGCUCUUCAAGAUUUCGGAUCAGAAGCCCCUGGGCUGUUGGUCAGUCAAACAUGGGCAGAUCCUCACCUGUCCUGUCGUGUGCAACUUUGAAACCCACGAGUACAUUGCAGUUCAUGAUGACAAGGUUUUAAGAAUAUGGAAGAAUGAAGACCUUAACUUGGACAAAGCCUUUAAAGCAACACUCUCAGCAGAUGUGUACAGGAUCCACUCCCUGCCCCAGGGGGGGACCCUGGUGCUGUUCAGGGGAGGGGGGGUCCGGACCCUGGAUGUGCUCCUGGAGGCUCCUCAGCAGGAGAUCGAGAACCUCAUCUCAGCUGAGACCAUCAGGUGGAGUGGAGCUUUUAUGGAAGGCCAAGAACCUGUCUUAAUUUUCAUUACUCAGAAAGAUAAGGAUUUUUUUGUCUAUGUACAGAAGCCUAAGCUGAACAGUCUACACAAAUACAAGCUUGAACAACAGAAAUUAGCCAGGCCACUGUGUUUCACAGCACACAUUACAAACCAAACUGUCACACUUCUGUGUUUGUAUACCAAUCAUUGUGUGUAUCAGGUUCUGAUACCUCUACAGCAAGAUACUGUAGAAGAAGAGGAAAAAGAAGAAGAAAUUUUGUCCAAGUCACUACUACUAAAACUUUCAGUAUCUGGAGCUGCUCUGAAAGGAACAUCUUUAGUUGUCCUGGACAAAGACCACAUUGCAGUGUUGGGCAAUAUCCCUGAUCCUGGGAGAAAGCCCAAAGAGUUCCUGACCAUCUGGAAUACAAAAUUCCAGACGUUGCAGACCUGCAAGGAUCUGCCCCGGGGGACCAGUGGCCAGUUGUGGUGUUACGAGGAAAAAUUUUUUCUAAUUCAUGGGAAAGUGCUGACUGUAAUUAUGUACAAACGUGAAACAUCAUCCUUGGCAGCUGCUGUGGGAAAGCUCAAGGACAGUCAAAGCCUUGAUAUGUCCCCGUUUGUGAACUGGAAUGCCCUGGAAGAGGAAGAGCUGGUGGCUCCCCUGGAGUCCCAGGAGUCUGUAGCUCUGAAAGCAGAGUCCAGAAUGAAUUUAAGAUCAAACAGGAGCACUGGACAAUCAGGGCCCUUAUCAGUUGAGCAGCUCUUAAUGAGACUCAAAGAUACUCCUAAUUAUGUGGUGGAAAUUGAAGUGAAAAAACUAAUAGCAAGAGCACCGACCGUAGAUGUGCAAGCUGCCAUUGGCUGUGUGGUCACUACCCUUAUAGACAGGUGUAAAAAAAAUCCAAAGUUCUACCCUCAAAGUUUGCUGCAGGAGAUUGUUGAAACCCGGGACUUGUCCUACAGUUUAUGUCCAGAUUUAAUGGCUGUUGCUUUGGAGCAAAAAGACCUGCAGCUCUUACAGGUCUGCCUAGAACGGUUUCCAGAUAUUCCUGAAGAAAUCACUUAUGCUUGCCUGAAAGCAUUUUUAAGCACAAGUGAAGACCAUCUCAAAAGUGUAGAGGUAAACCUGGAUUCUGCCAUCUGUUACAUUGAUGUUGAAUGCAAUGACAUGGAAGUUAAGACUGAAAUUGUAGAAAAUGGUUUCAGUGAAGAGAUGGACCAGGACAUGUGUGAUACCAAAAUGCCAGAGGAAGGGCAGAGUGAUGGUGAAUCCUGCCCUGUUGGGCUUCAGAAGGCAGCGCUGCUAAAUGCUGUUCUCCAUUCAGCUUACACUGAAACAUUUCUUUUGCCUCACCUGAAAAACCUUCCAGCUCAACAAGCUAUUCUAUUUCUCAGGUAUUUAUAUUACCUGUAUGUGAAAUGCAGUGAAAAAGUGAACACCACACUUCCUGGAAUACGCUCUCCCACAAUAAACCAGAUCAUGGAUUGGAUGUGCCUGUUGCUUGAUGCUCAGUUCACUGUCAUGGUGAUGCUUCCAGAAGCAAAGGGCUUGCUUUCAAGCCUGCAUAAGUUUGUGAGAGCCCAAGUACGGUUCUACUCAGAACUCAACAAGAUUGAGGGAAGUUUGCGGGAAUUACAAAGACUGAACCACCUGAGAGAAUCUCAGACCUAUUCUAUUGAAGUGCUGGAAAUCAUUUGAAUUUGAAGCUCAUGAACACAUUUAUUUUGUAUUGAUUCCUUUUAUGACAAGGAUGUAUUAGCACUCCAUAUUGGGGCUGUCAAAAGUUGUUUUCUACAUAGGAGGAGCCUGGUUACUCUGUAGCUACAUGGGAGUUGUAAGUUUGAACCUUGUGUAUUAAAAUCUCUCUUUUUGACUGGA